CCUUGCAAGACAACAGAAGAACUACAACAAAACCUAUCCGUUUGCUCAUGGAAAAACACGGCAACUGAGCUUUUCUCGGAAGCAUUUGAGACUUUGAAGUAUUAACAUUUACUAAAAGAGCAGUCACACUCGGCUUACAACCAGACAGUGAAGCAAAAUUGCUCUGAAAAGUAUCCCUAUUGCUCUCUAUUUUUAUAUUAUACGGGUAAAUUAAUGUUCUACCUCGUUAGCAAAGCGACUUCCUCUGCUGUUUAUGAGGAACAGAUGUGCUAGCUGACUAUAACUGGAUUAUAACGAUACUUAUAUCGCUUUUAAAAGUUUGACAGCUUGGAAGCUGAUUAUGAUAAUUGAUACCAACUGGUGAGAAACAUGGAGCUGUACUGGUACAUAGUUGUCAUAAUAUUUAUUAUGAUUAAAAUCUUCUUCUACAUCUGCUGGUACCGCUCAAGGCAAAGACAGCUCGCUGCAUACCUCAGCAAUCCCCGCAAUGCACAGAUAGUCAUUGUAGGUGGAAGAGCAUACCUGCACCAGAUCUGUGAAAGGCAAAAUACAUCAAUCUGGCCCAGUUGGUAUGGCAUUCAGGACGACGGCUCAGUGGGUGAACCCUCUGCCUCACUUCCACAAUUAUCCUCGCAGUCUCAACUGGACAUGCCUCCUCCAUAUGAGGCUGUGUCUGGAGCAAAUGACCUGAAGCCUCCACCGUACAGCGAGUACGCUCAAAAUGAUGACACUGAUGCGUCCCUUAGUAUCACCAUCCCAGACAGCAAUGAUUCCAGUACAAUCAGUGAUGCCCCACCUCCUUACACGCCCAGUGCCACCUCUCCAGCCAAUCAGCAAGUAGACAGCCAAUCACAGUCAGAGGGAAGGUCAUGUUAGACUUUUCCCCUCCUGGCAGUGAAGCACUGCUCUGCCCACACUGGUUUACCUGGUGCUUUCAGUUCACCCAUGCCUUAUGUUCAUUUCCUCCAGCACUGACAGGCCAUAGCCAUAUGACAGACACCACCUAAUCCACUUAUUUCACUAGUUUAAACUUUGAACAGUUUUGAGCAGUUCUGAGGAAUAUUCAUCCAAAAAUCUACACACUGUUGUCAUUUACUCAUCCUUUUGUUGUUCCAAACCCUUAUGACUUCUGUGGGACACAAACAGAGCCUCAGUCACCAUUCACUUUCAUUGCAUCUUUUUUCCAUAUGAAAGUGAACAUUGAUUUGGCUUUCGUUCUGCCUAACAUCUCUUUUUGUGUUCCACAGAAGAUAGAAAGUCAUACAGGAAAAACAUGAGGGUGAGUAAAUGAAGACAGAAUUUUCAUUGUUGGGUGAACAAUAACUUUAAUUUCACAAGCAUCAGGACAGUGUAAAGGAAGUUACAUUAUGUUUGGCUGCUUGAGGAACUGUGUAUAUGCUAGUGGGUUGAUCAGUGCCAAGUGGUGUGUUCUGCUAAGACAUUAUUGUUGACACAUUUCUUUUCUUUCUGAAGUCCCAAAGGGAGAGGUUACACUAUAGAGGUCUAGCCUCAGGUUUAUUUAUAACCUCGGUUUAUAUGUCAUUUAAAAAUAUUUUGCCCUCUGAAGCACUUUUAAUGUGUUGUUAUUGCCUUAAUUCUGUAUGUUGGUAAGUGUCCAAUAUUCAUGAAUCAACCAGAGCAGUGUGGCUAAUGGUUAUGACUUGUGUAAAUGUGCAGCAGUCCUACUCUGUGUGUUGUAUUGCUUAUCAGGUUAACUUUAAUAGACUGAUGCAUUCGAGAUCACGGUGCCCUUAUUAAGAAACUCCGCUUACUGAAAUAACAUUUUCGUGUGUGUGUGUGUUAGAAUGCGUGAGUGUUAAGGCAUAUGUUAAUUGUGUGAUAAAUUCAAACUGAUCUUCCUCGUGAAAAUGUUUGUGCUUUGGUGAGCGCAUGAAGUCAUCUCUGUGCAAUUGUCAGUAUACCAGGCUCACAUAAUGGGAUCAAUAAUUUUGUUUAAAAAAAAUGUCUACAUGAACGGAUGUGAUCUAGGUUUGCUUUUAGAAUGGGUGUAUAGUUCUGUUUUCCCCCAGUUGCCACAGUCCUUCACUUUACAAUUUCAUUUAAUCAUAAUUAGAUUUAUUUACUAAUCCUGCAACAUGUAUUAUCUCAUUUAAACUGAAGUACUGUAUAUGCUAUUUUUGUAUUUAUGGAAAUACCCUUUGAAUCUCUUUCAAAAAUAAAGCUGGGUGA